UUUUGGGUAAUGUAUUUCCUUUCCCAAAGGUUGGUCAGGAGAAACCUUCGCCAUAGGAGGCUUAAAGGAUGCAUACGGGCACCUUUCCGAAGCGUUUUUAGAAUUCGAACGACUUAUUAGCCGAGCACUUUCCGGCCAACUAAGAAAGGAAAAACAAGUUCCUGAGGAAAAACGAGUAUCCGAAGAGGCCCGGAGAUCGACAGACGAGCGAGAUCACCAAAUCUUCCAGAAUUCGCACUGAACGUGCUGAAGUCUGACACAUGACGUCCGUAGCCUCCUUUACUGGACUAACAUAUCACUCGUUCUAUGUUCGUGUCCGGUUCAAGUCGUCUUGGUGCACGUUGAAGCGUCUCGGCCUAGCUUAGCCUAGCUUGCUAGCCGCUAACAGGAAACGGAUGUUAGCCUCGAGUCGAUAGCCAAACUAAUGAUGGCCCACGGAAUGGCAGCGACACAAAGUGAAGCUUCAUCGCUUCUCGGACAACAACGGUGUGCUAAUGAGCGCUUUAUUCAUCAGAAAAGGUCGCGGGGGUGCUGGAGCCUAUCCCAGCUGUCAUCGGGCAGGAGGCGGUGUGUUGCUGAACUGGUUGCCAGCCAAUCGCAGGACGUCAAUGAAGAGCUUCGUCCUGAGCGGAAGGAACACAAGCGCCCGAACAUUAAAGGAAGAAGAGGCGCAAGAAGGGGCCUCCCAUGUUAAAGAGGAAGAGGAGGAUGAAGGGUCCUUUCACAUUAAAGAGGAAGUGGAGGACGAAGAGGCGCGUCACAUCAAAGAGGAAGAGGAGCCGCGGUCCCAUUACAUAAAAAAAGAGGAAGCGAAGGACAUUACCAAGUUGCCAACAACUGGUGUCCCUUUGAAGAGUGAAGAUGAACGUCAAAGUGAGGACAACAGAGGGGCGGAGCCUCCAAGCAGCAGCGGCUCAAGUCGACUCAUGACAACAGAAGGUGAUGGAGGCCACUGUGGAGGAUCACAAGCAGACGGACUCUUCGCUCCACUAUCAGAUAGUGACGACACAAUAUCACACUCUCCUCACACUGAUGAUGAUGAAGAGUCUGAAGGUGAUAUGACUUGUCACUCUGACAACAAACGCUUGAAGUGUUCUCAGUGUGGGGAAACGUUUUCUUAUCAGAGCAAGUUGAAAAAACACAUCAGAAUACACACUGGAGAGAAACCCUUUGUCUGCUCAGUUUGCGGUAAAAGAUUCUCUGAAAAGGGAAACUUAACAACACACACAAGAACACACACUGGUGAGAAACCUUUUGUUUGCUCAGUUUGUGGUCAAAGAUUCUCUGAUAAGGGAAGCUUAAGAAGACACACAAGAACACAUACUGGAGAGAAACUUUUUUCCUGUUCCGUUUGUGGCCAAAGAUUCUCUCAGAAGGGAACCUUAACAAAACACACACGAACGCACACUGGAGAGAAACCUUUUUCAUGCUCCGUUUGUGGCCAAAGAUUCUCUCAGAAGGGAACCUUAACAAAACACACACGAACGCACACUGGAGAGAAACCUUUUGCCUGCUCAGUUUGUGGCAAAAGAUUCUCUGAAAAAGGAAACUUAAGAAAGCACACGAGAACGCACAAUGGAGAGAGACCUUUUGUCUGCUCAGUUUGUGGCCAAAGUUUCUCGCAAAGCCACCAUGUUAAGAGACACAAGUGUGUUGGUAGAGAGAAUAGCAAUGAUCAAUGAAGGUUUCGCCAUCCAAGCAGGCUUCAUCAGUUCUUCCACCAAGUAUGAUUUUAUUCUAUGUACCUUCCUAAAGGCCUCCUGUGGACAUGUGUUGAGAAUUAGCACUUAGACUUAAACACUUGUAGCAAUACCUCUGCUUGGUCCAAUGUUUUCUUUUUUUUUGUGCAUAUCAAAUAAGCAAACGAUUGAAAUAGACCGUGAGGAAACUUGGACUCUUUAGGGUAAGCUGGACAACUGCAUUUGUAAUCCUGAAGAAAACGGACAUAAAGCUGCUGCCGCCAGGCCCAAUAAAAGCAAUUUAGCGUGCAAUGUC